UGGAGCAUCAGUCAACGUUCGUUCUCAACGGUCUCCAACUGCACGAAAACCAUUUCAACAUGUUCAAAAUUGUGAUGAUCUGCGCUAUUAUCGGCCUGGUCGCCGCUGUGCACCACCCGAUUGAGCACCGCCCACUGCCACACAUCCCAGCACCACAUCCAGUGCCCGUUCAUCACGGCGACGAGUCUCACGCCGAAGUGGUGUCUCGCAAGGAUGAUGUUCGUGCCGACGGCUUCGAUAGCAGCCUGGAGACCAGCAACCACAUCACACGCUCCGAGUCCGGCGACGUGAACGGCAACAUCCAGGGCGGUUUCGGCUGGAUCUCCCCCGAGGGCGAGCAUGUUGACAUCAAGUACGUUGCCGAUGAGAACGGCUACCAGCCAUCGGGCGCUGCUGUUCCCGCCAUUCCCGACUAUAUUGUGCGCUCCAUUGCCUGGAACGCGGCGCAUCCCCAAGCUCCCGAAGUCCACAAUGUCCAUCCCGGCGCUCACCACUAA